GCCUGGAGAGUUAUUGGACACAGAUUGCAUUACUGUGUCGUGGCUCUGUAACAUAACGCGAAGGUGGAGACGUGAAUUGUGUGCUCUCAUUUGACCAUAAAGCAAAUGUUCAUGAUUUUAUGAGCAAACAUAUUUAGUCAAUUGAUCUACACUUAGAUAACGGGAUUCACCAGCUCCGGAUAUGUCCUUCAUAUUUGAUUGGAUUUAUAGUGGUUUCAGUAGCGUACUGCAGUUUCUAGGACUGUACAAGAAAUCGGGCAAGUUAGUAUUUCUUGGACUGGACAAUGCUGGCAAGACGACGCUACUGCACAUGCUCAAAGAUGACAGAAUGGGACAGCAUGUGCCAACUUUACAUCCAACCUCAGAAGAACUGACAAUCGCUGGCAUGACCUUCACCACCUUUGACCUUGGAGGCCAUGCACAAGCUCGCAGAGUGUGGAAAAACUACCUCCCCGCCAUCAACGGCAUCGUCUUCCUUGUGGAUUGCAUUGACUUCCUUAGAUUGCCAGAGUCCAAAACAGAACUUGAUGCUCUAAUGACAGAUGAGACCAUUGGAAACGUGCCUAUCCUGGUCCUCGGCAACAAGAUUGACAAAACAGAAGCCGUCAGUGAGGAGAAACUACGUGAGCUGUUUGGAUUAUAUGGCCAGACAACAGGCAAGGGCAACAUUCCCAUGAAGGAGCUGAACACGAGACCAUUGGAGGUGUUCAUGUGCAGCGUGCUGAAGAGGCAGGGCUACGGCGAGGGCUUCCGCUGGCUCUCCCAGUACAUUGACUAGAGCCCCGGCACCAGGAGGUGCUACAGGGAGACACCCCACUUCUACCGCCACCAUACUCAGUCCCAUGUUUGGUUUAUAAAGUCUGCCUCCGCCACCAGAAAAAAACAGUACAACUUGAACCCAAUAGACUUUUAUUGGUCUCCAGAACACUUUUUUUGGGUUACACUUUUCUCUUUUUUCCAAGAGAAUUAACAUAGCAUUGGUUCUGCAGAAGUGUUAAAAAAAUUCAAAUGGAUUAAUCUUUUCUAUUUUGUUUCCAUCUAUUUGCCUCCCCAUGACAUCUGUUGGUGUGACAAAUGCAGUAUAUAAUUGUAAAUCUGUAAAUGAAUCUAAUGGUAAUCUAAUCUGCCACCUUCCAACACAUUUUGAGCAGUGAGACAGCUGAUAAGUUGUACACAUCGCAAUACACUUUUUUAACAGGAAAGGCAACAUACAGACGUGACUUGUGUUUGAUCAUGUUUCAUUAAUGUCUUUUCUUCAUCCUAUAUUUUUUACAUAGUAAGAAGUGUGGCCACGUAGACAGCAGCACUCACCUUAAAGAAAACCCGUCUCUCUGGCUGUGUCAUUGUCUUAUAAUAAACCGAGCCCUGCAUUGAUCUACAUUAAUGUAUUGGAAAUAGUUACAUUUCUUAAGAGUUUGUCACUUGUAUUGGCAUUUAAGGUAAUCCCAUUUCCAAACAGCAAUGUGUAAGACUGGAGUGUAGGUAGACCAAUGGGUUGUAGGCAGCAUGGAACUCUGGGGGUCGACACGCUGUGGUAAGAUAGAAAGGACCAUAUACAACAAUGGGAGGGGACAUUUUAAUUUGGAAGAAUGAAAAGGAAUAAUAUUGGCUAUAUAACCAUCUCUCUGGGGUUCAAAUUGUUAGCUAGCAGACAAGAUCAGAAAGAUAUUUAACUGUGAAUGAAAUGAUUGAAAAUAGCUUGAUGAAAACAUGCAGUAAAAAGUGGUUGGCGCUAUGUAACAUCUCAGUAGUUGUCAAUGUUAGAAAGCCAGUUGAGUUCCCUCAAGCAGAGCUGGGCCCGGGUUCACCGUAGAAACAUAACCCGACCCUGAACAGGAUGAAUAUAGUGUCCAAGUUAGAUAUGAGGAAUAGUCCACGAGUGAAAACCUAGCAGAAAGGGACCAUAUGAAAUGUACAUGGGAUUUUUUAAUAAGCGGUUUCCUUGAUCAAUGUGCAUUAUAAAACUAUUAUGCAUGCCUUGUUCUUUGUUUUUUAUCGACCAUAUACAGAAGUACAACAAGAGUGAGCAAAUGCCAAAUUACAAUGUGAGGAAUUGAGUGCUUAUCUCAAAACCUGUCAUUUUUUUCUGUUCUGCCCCUUGGUGUUUUCAUUUCCUCAUAUUCCAUGAACUGUUCCAAUAAGGGAGAGACUUACUGUUUGCAUCAUAAAUUGUAAUAAACAUUUGCAAUGAA